GCCAUUAUCUUUAAUUAAGUUCUUGGAACCUAUAAACCAAACAUGUUUGUCACAUAAAGAGGAGAUCAAAAUUUCAUCCUAAAGAAAACACAAAGAGGCUAUGGCAUAUUCAACUAAACUUUGUCUUCCUCUUCAAACACAAUGUUUUGUUCCAAAGACAGUGAGAUCAAAGACUUUGAUGCUUCAACAGAGUCAAGUGACUCAAGUUCAAGUUAAAGCCAAGCAAGUCACAGUUCCACAGCCAAUAAGAUACUCCACCAAGAACACUGUAUUUGAAGAUCCAGUACAAGGGAUCCUAUGUUACACGGAUGAUAACGGAGAGGUUAUAUGUGAAGGGUAUGAUGAAGGUCCUCGUUGUCCCCCAGAGAGUCCAAUACUAGCUUCUUACUCAAGAGAGGUGGAGAUUCUUGAUCUUCUCCAAAGAAGUUAUCAGGAACUGAGAGUUGCAGAGAAGGGUGAUGGUCAAAGACAGGAAGCUGCUUCACAACAAGAGUUAAGAAUGAUCAACUGGAGUAGCUUUGACUUUCUCUAAAUUUCUCUUUUACAAAAAUCAAAAUCUGUUUGUCUCUUCAAAAAAGGCCUCUUGAAUAAGAAUGUAUAGAUAAGGAAGGCUGUGAAAGAAGCAGCCAUUUGCUUCUUUCUUGUUUCUCUUUUGUAAGAACACAAAAACAUGAAUGUAUGUCCAGAUUUUGAUUUCAUUGUCUUCUUAAGUAGUAGAAAAGAAUCUCA